AUGUAUGUAUUUAAAAAUGAUAGCGACUCGCAGGAUCUAUCUAAUAGGAUAUUUGGUGGAUCAACUCUUAAGAUAACUGAUGCCCCUUUUAUGGCCGAAUACGUGUCGUGGAUGGACGAGGAAUACAGAUGUGGCGCCUGUAUCGUCCACGAGAGGUUUCUUAUUACAGCUGCACAUUGUUAUUUUCCAAAUUACAAUAACUAUGUUCAAGUAGGGUCAGAUCAUUACAACGGUGGAAAAAAAUAUAGUGUACAGGAAGUAGUUAUUCACCCUGAAUAUAUGAUGUAUACCGAUUACAAUAAUGAUAUAGCUGUCAUAAUAUUGAAGACUAAACUAGUAUUGAAUGAACGAGUUAACAUCAUCAAAAUGGCGACGAAAGACAGUGUCGUUAUGCCAGGUGAAAUUAUGACAACUAUGGGAUUUGGUAUGACCGAGGAUUUUGACACAUCGAAUAAAUUAUUAAUAGUGAAGGUGCCUUACGUCGGGCACAGUGAGUGUAGAUCUAAAAUUGACAUGACUAUUACUGCUAGUAUGAUUUGUGCCGGUGGUGUAGUAGGCCAAGAUUCUUGUAAGGGUGAUAGCGGUGGACCUCUUGUAUACAAGGGUCUUUUAUAUGGCAUUGUAUCGUUUGGACGGAGCUGCGGCUUGCCGAUACCAGGCGUCUACGCCAGUAUACCAGCUCUACGAGACUUUGUAGAUCAAACUAUAAAGAAUAAAACAUCUACAGAUAUGUCAAUCAAAAAGAUUAAUCGACCAUGGCGAGUAAUUAAAAGUUAGUUUAAAUAAACAA